AUGAAGCUGACGAUGUUGAUGCUCAUGACGCUCGCUUUACUUGCUGCAGCCCGUCCUCAAGACGAUGGUGGCGAUGACGACUAUGAUUGCGAUGAUUUCGACAAUCAAGCCGAUUGUAGAGCUCAUUCUGACUGCAAGUGGUUCCCAUAUGGCUGCGAAUAG